CGAGCCCAUGCCACUCCGGCCCUCCCUUUAUUAACCUCUCUAGAUAUCUUCAACUCCCUUCGAUUCAACUUCGUACAAUACAAUACAAUUACGCACGUACGUAUAAUACGGCGAAUAGCACGACCUAAAAAUGCCUUCAAGGGUUGCAGAUAACCAACCAGCCUUUGUCCAAGUACAUAAACAAUUAGACCUCAACGCCGUCAAAGAAUUGCCGGAGUCUCAUGCGUGGACGACGUUGUCGUCGUCCGACACCUCCGCGGCUUCCACGGGGGAAUCGAUUCCGGUGAUCGACCUAGGCGGGGAGGAGAAGGGGGUGGCGGAGCUAAUAGGGCGUGCAUGCAAGACGUGGGGGGCAUUUCAGGUGGAAAACCACGGUAUUUCCCAAGAUUUGCUGGACCGUAUUGAGGCCGCCGGGAAAAGCCUCUUCUCCCUCCCCUUGCAUCAGAAGCUUAAGGCCUCUCGCUCCCCCGUAGACGGCGUUUCCGGCUACGGAGUCGCUCGGAUUUCGUCUUUCUUUCCGAAAGGAAUGUGGUCCGAAGGGUUCACCAUCGUCGGCUCGCCGCUCGAACAUGCCCGCCUUCUAUGGCCUCAUGACUACUCCACUUUCUGUGACACGAUUGAAGAGUACGAAAAAGAGAUGAUAAAGUUAGCGGGUAGAUUGACGAGGCUAAUUUUGGAAGCCAUAGGGGUUUCAGAUGAAGAACUGAAAUGGGCUAUUGGGUCCAAAAUGGAUCAGGCCGAAGGGAGGCGUUCGGCCAUUCAGCUCAACUCGUACCCGGCAUGUCCGGAUCCAGGCCGGGCCAUGGGCCUGGCGGAGCACACGGAUUCCACCCUCUUCACCAUCCUCCACCAGAACAACACCAGCGGGUUACAGGUUUUCCGGGAAGGAUACGGGUGGGUCGCCGUCCCGGCGAUCCCCGGGGCGUUGGUGAUCAACGUCGGAGACCUCCUCCACAUGCUCUCGAAUGGGGCUUACCAUAGCGUGCUCCACCGCGCAGUGGUGAACGGGAGCAGACACAGGAUGUCGGUGGCGUAUCUCUACGGCCCGCCGCCGGGGGUGAAGAUAUCGCCGCUGCCCAAACUGGUGGCGAACGGGGAGCCGCCCAUGUAUAGGGAGAUUGCGUGGAGCGAGUAUCUUGAUAUGAAAGCCAAACACUUCCACAAGGCGCUUUCUUACGUUCGGUUCUAAGAAACACAAUUAAUUUUCUUUUUUUGAAAGGAAAACCAUAAUUAAUCAUAGAGUUAAUUGUCUCUUUAGGACUAAAAGAGGAGCCGUGUUCAUAAAUAGGACCGAAAUUCGAAAGUAUGUUACAUAGGACCUAUAAUCAUGUACUCGGACAAAAACGCCCCCAUUCAAUUAUUACUCUGUAUUUGAGCAGUUCCGUGACCCUUGGUGCCGUUGCAGCUUGCCCCUGCCACGUCAGUGCCGCCUGCCACUGUCUCACCGGUGCCGGUUGCCGCUGUCUCGUCGGUGCCGCCUGACGUCAUCUCAUCGGCGCCGCCCUCGCCAAUACCGUCUUCGUCCAGCAUCUCCGCCGCAUCCAAACAAUGUCACCAUUCAUUGCCGCCCAACCACCACCGCCGCCACCAUCCUCAUAGCACCACCAUUGUGAACUUCAGGGCUGCCACAUCACCUCUGAGCAUGGUCGCCGCCGUUACAACUUCAGUCCCAGAAACUGCCAAAUUUUUGGCAAAUCUAGUCUAAAUUAAUUUCAAAUCUGCCAUGAACAAGGUUUUCAAAUUUGCCACAUAGUUGGCAGAUUAAUUUUGGAAUAAUAGUAGAAAACUGCC